CGUAAUAUGACCAAUAAACUGUCAGUAAUCCUCCGGGUGUUGUCGCGGGAAACUUUUUAAGUCUAGUGAUAAACAGCAUCAUUUCUAAAUAAUGUGAACAUUACAGGACAUACAUCUUCAGUUGUUCCUUUUGUAUUGUGUGUCAGUUUGCUGAAUUAUGGCCCAUAGGCUGACUAAAGAAGAGUUGGAUCAACAGUUUGAGCAGUUCCUGAAAGAGUCUGUCUCUGAUGACUCUGUUGACUUGGGCUCCAGUACUAAGCACCCCAGUGUUCUUGACAUCUUAGGAAAACCAGCCACUAGACCAGAGAAGAAGGCCCCUGUGUCUGUGCCCUGGUGGCAGGAGGAUGAUGAUGACAGUAAGGAGGAAACAAGAAAGGCCACUAAACGUCAAUUCACUAAAAUAAAAAUGUCCCAAGCGACUAUAUUACCUAGUAAGCCCAGCCCUAAACCUCGUAGCAAAGCCCUUGAUAGGGUCAGCCAAUUGUCCAAUAUUCAUCUUUCGAAGAAGAAGGGCUUCCACAACUCAAGCAGUCAGGAGAAUCUUGAACAUGAUGCAGUUGAUGAAAAGAGGCCAUCGCCUGACCACUCUUACUGUUUGGAAGAGCAACGGGUCUUAGAUAAUAUCUCUCGCUGUGUGCCAACUCAAGCAACUGACAACUCCUCCAGUACAUCAGAACAGAAGAGUCCCAUUCACACAGACUCUAAUGAGUUGUCCGUGGAGAGCAGUAGUAGUAAUUCAAUCGAGAAAGGAAAUGGGAUGACAUCGUCAGGAAAGUCCUUCCUCAGAUCCCUGAGGAAGACUCCCUCCAUUAAAGAGGUGGAUGAAGAGCAGUCGAGAGAGCUCAUCUUGGAGGAUGAAGGGAAAGGAGAUCCAUUCAUCUUUAGCAGAGACAGUCUAGAGCCUGAGGAUCCUGUUAUAGCAUCUGGACCGGAAGCAAGCACAGGGGCUCUAGGGUUGGACGCAUUAUACGAGGAGGACAAAACCAGGUUUUUAUUCAACCUAAAGAAAGAAACCUCAUCCCCCAUUUCAGACUAUUCCAGACUGAACCAAGAACGAGAGAUUUCCACCCCCACCUCCCCACAAAGGGGAGAAGAGAUGGAUUCAACAGUUGAGGAAGAACAGAGGAAGAAUAGAGAUAAUGCUGCAUCUCCUGCCUAUAGUGAAGAUUUUGAAGAAGCAGACAGUGAGAAAAGUGAGGAAGAGUCUCAAGAGAAGAAACCUGAAAGAUGUGGGAUGUUAGCCAAAGUAUCACUGCAUGACUCUCUAAACUCCACGGAUGGAGCACUGCCUCCUCCUGUUGCCAGUGUAGCUCCUGGGCAAGAAAAAUGGUCUGACCCCAAAAAACCUGAGACGCCAGCACUGGAACCUGCAGGACAAUCAUACGGUCAGAGUGCAGGGAGCGAGAUGGAGGCGCUGCAGGAGGCAUACAGGCAGAUCAGUGGCACAGUUUGGGAGUGCGAGGAGAGGCAAGUUGUGGGCAGGAGGACUCCCCUCUCUCCAUCUUCCCUCCAACCUGCCUCUACCGCAGAGUCAGAUUUACCCACUGCUGAGGAGCUGAUGCGCCCAAUAGGACCAGACUCUGGAUUCACCCGUGGCUUCUCCCUCCAGCCCAUAAUUGAGGCAGGGCCUAGAGGCAGUGAGACUCAUGAUCCAUUAAGGAUAUCUUCAGAUGAAAGCCGUUUCAGUUCCACUAAUAAUGACUGUGGAGGAGGCAUUGCUGAGGAGAUCAAACGGCUGAUGGAGGAGCAGGAAAGCUUCUCUUUAGAGCCGCCUCCUCCCAGACCAAAGAAACGCCAGGUUCCUAGCAGAUCCAGUGUGUCUGCACACCUUUCAGCUCCCUCUAGAAAAGCUCCUGCUUUAUCACUGAGGACCAAAAGACCUGAAAGCAGGCUGUUACCCAGAGCACCUGCACCCAGCAUAACCAGUCAAGCUGCUAAACCUCCUUCACCUCUAAUGCAGAGAAAAGCCCAGAACCAGGCUCCUAAAAAGUCUCAAAUCCUCAGCCAGACACAAACAGCCAAAGGUUUAGACACAAGUUUAAGGCUAAGCAGUGAACUUGUGGCCUCAGUGCAGUCCUUUGCGACAUUCCUCCAGCAUCAGGUUCAAACCAGCAGUCUACAGGAUAACAGCCCUCACCAAGCAGACAGGAUCACACCCCAUGUCGAGAUAGGACUUCAGACCAUAGGUGGGGAAACGGAACGUGGCCCUACCUCUCAACAGGAGCGGACUUCACUGGAAUGUUUCCGUUUGCAGCUUGCCCAGAAAGAGAGAGAGCUCCACCUGAGAGAAGAGCAGUUACGACAGGAGCAUAGCCGAGAAUUGACAACACUCAGACAGGAGAACUUUGUGUUGCAGAGCAAGCUACACAUUGCAGAGGAGGCCAGUACAAGACGAAGGUGGAGUUUUGGCGAGGCCUCAGACCCUGUGACUGAAGAGAAACUGAAGCUCAUCAAGAAAGAGAUGAAGGAGCAGGAGACUCUAAUUCACGGAUACCAUCAGGAGAAUGAGAAACUCUAUCUGCAAAUGAAAGCACUCCAGGCUCAAAGCAGACAAAAUGAGGAGACUUUGUUUAUGGAGAACCAAAGACUUCAGACUGAGCUGACCCUCACCAGGGACCGAUUAAAUACGAACAGGAUUCAGAGAACUGCAAAAAGCUUUGCUGAUCAAAGCUUCAGCAUUGCAGAGCUGACGAGUCAGGUGGAAGCUGCACAAAGAAAGGAGGAGCGACUGCAAGACGAGAUCCGCAGACUUAAACAGGAGAAACAAGCCCUGCACGUAGACCUGGAGAUGAUGAGGAAAGAGCGAGACCUUGCCAAAGCUCAUGUUAUCAACACAUCAGGUGAUAAAGGUUUCGAGCUGAAGAUGCUCCAGGAGAAACAUCGGGAGGAGGUGACAGAGCUAAAGAAGAGGCUGCAGUGGUAUGCAGAGAACCAGGAGCUGCUGGACAAAGACGCAGCCAGACUGCAAGCUGCCACGGCUGAGACUCAGAGGCUCACCGAACAGGUGGAAAAGCUAAAGACAGAGAUUAACAGGAGAGCCAAUGAACAGCAGAGAAAGGUGAAGGAGAGGGCGGGUGAAGCUAAAAGAAUCCAGGACCUGGAGAGACAGCUCAAACAUAUGGAGGAGCUCCUGAAGCGCAGGCACCCAAACUCACUGCCAGCCCUGAUCCUUGCUGCCGCAUCUUCCGGAGGAGAAGAGGGUGGGUCGGACGUCCAUCCCUCCACUGCCCCUCAGUCCUCCCAGGCAGCAGCCCUACUGGAGAGACGUGUCCAUCGACUGGAGGCAGAGCUGGAGGGCCGCGAUGAAGCAGCCAAACGGAGUCUCAGAACCAUGGAGCAACAGUACCACAGGAUCAAACUCCAGUACGAACAGCAGAUCUCAGAUCUGGAGCAGCGUUUGGCAGAGAAAAGCCAGAAUGAAUGCACCAUUUUGCUAGAAAAAUCGGAACCACAUACAGAGGCGUUAAAGAUAGAGCUGGAAGAAUUGAAGAAGGACCAUCUGAAGCAAGAGAGCGCUCUCCAAGCAGAUGUGGCUUCUCUGCGGGAGCAGCUCCGCCAGGCCCAGGCUUUAACACAAUCUGAAAAGCCCACCCGAAGCCCCUCACGCCACCAACUGCAAGUGGAGACGGCACAAGCAACCCGCAUCGAGAGGAUGACCCAGGAGUUAAGCACCAAGAGUCGCACUAUCCAGGAGCUUAGUCGCACUGUGGAUCGUCUGCAGAGGGAGAGGAGGACAAUGCUCUCGACCCCAGGCUUCGACCGACCCACUAUUGAAACCAAACGGAACUUGGCUGUAGCCAAAGAGGCCAAAAGCACGACUGUUGAGACUUUCCCUACUACCCAGGACGAGAAAGACUACCAUCCCGGAGCAUUUGCAGGGUUACAUAUCUCAGAGUUGCAGCUGGAGAAUGACAGUUUGCGGGUGAGACUGGAACAGUUUGAGAAACAGAGAGAACAAGAGAGAGUUUCCCUGCAGGCUGCAGUCACACAGGCACAGAGUCAACUCCAGAGGGUUCAGGAGCAGAAAGCAGAGCAACUCACCUUGGUCAAGGCUGAACAUCAUAAAGAGAUUGAACGCCUCCUGGCCUGCCAUGCCCUCGAGCAUUCCUCCUCCAAAGUGGCUGAACUUACCAAUCAAGUGAACACACAAGAGAUCAUUGUGCAGCAUUUACAAGGGCAAGUGAAGGAGCUUCAGAGAACCAAAGAUGCUCUUGCUAUUUCUAAGAUCAGAGAGGAAACCCUGCAAAAUCAGCUUUCUAAGCUUCUAGAAGAGUUGAAACUGGCAAAAGAAGCCCACAGUCCUGAACUAAGGCACUUUACUAGUCUGGAACAAAAGAUUCAAUCCAUGGAGCUCCGCUACAAUCAACGUGAGAAACAACUCCAGCAGGUAAUUGCAGACACGCGACAGGCGGUGGAGCUGAAGCAGCAGGGUGAAGUGGAGCGCUGGCGGAGACUCGCCCAAGGUAGGGCGAAAGAGCUGGAGGCCUUCAGACUGGAGCUGGACUCCAUACUGGAUGUACUCAGAGAGCUCCAGAGACAGGGUGUGGUUAUCCCUGCCCCCGGACACACCUCCACCUCCACCCACACAUACCUGCCCCUCCGAUCAUGAGCUGUCUUUGCUCUGCACCAGUCAGAACGGGGAUGUAAACAAAUUUGUAAAACUCUGAUGCUCAGGACUAGCAGACUUCCUUUGGCUGUAGUGAUCAUUCUACGGUAAUAUUAAAAAUUAGGUAUUUUUUAGUAUAGAGAUAAAGCUAAUUUAAUUACUGUCAAGGAACAUUCAGGGGAUUUAUUGUAUCACAUAACCACAUUCCAUUAGUGUAAUUAAAUUAUUAAA